AUGGUCAGUUUCUCUCUCGCUCUCUCUCUCAUCUUAUGUUUGAUUGGCAUUGACACGACAUCAUGUUGUAUAUUUCGUUGCACUGCAGAGGGACCGUGGUACGAUUUUUCUGCUUAUACCGAGUGCAAACCAGACCCUGAGCCUCCUCUUUACAAUGGUGGGAUCCUACAAUCCGAGAAUGGGGAGAUUCCAAUGGCAUACGAUACGACGGAGACAGGAGCUCACCGACCGGCAUUUGUGCUGGGCAACCUAACCGAGACCACAAGAUACAGCUUCUCAUGUUGGGUGCAAAUCCAAGGAACUGAUUCAGCUCUCAUAAGAGCAGUGUUAGCAACGGAUGAUUCGAAAUUUAGAUGCGUAGGAACAACAACGGCACAAAAUGGCUGCUGGUCUUUUCUCAAGGGUGGCUUCAUCCUCGAUGCGUCCUCCAAAACCUCAGUACUUUUCCUUCAGAACACUACCAAUGAGGUCGAUGGGAUCGAGAUCUUGGUGGCAAGUGCUUCACUGCAGCCAUUCUCGGUCGAGCAAUGGGAGAUGCACCAGCAAGACAACAUCAGAACAAAAAGGAAGCGCAUGGUGGUCAUCCAUGUGUCAGAUACACAGGGAAAUCGAGUGAUCGGAGCAUCCGUAUCGGUACAGCAGCUCGCGAAAGACUUCCCAUUUGGCUCUGCUAUAGCCAGCACCAUCGUAGGAAAUUUACCUUAUCAGGCUUGGUUUCUGGAGCGAUUCAAUGCGGCAGUCUUCGAGAACGAGCUUAAAUGGUACACGACAGAGCCCCAACCAGGGAAGCUCAAUUACACUCUAGCUGACGAGAUGCUGGAAUUCAUCAGGGCCAACAAGGUUGUGGCGCGUGGCCAUAACAUAUUCUGGGAGAACCCAAGCGUCACCCCAUCUUGGGUUCGCAACCUCACCGGCGACGACCUCCGAUCAGCUGCGAAGUCUCGCAUCCAGAGCUUGAUGUCCAGGUACAAGGGGGAGUUUGUUCAUUGGGACGUCAACAACGAGAUGCUGCACUUCGAUUUCUACGAGCAACGGCUUGGACCCAAUGCUUCUUUGGAAUUCUUUGGCACGGCCCAACAAGCUGACCCCCUUGCUACUAUGUUCAUGAAUGAAUUCAAUGUCCUGGAGACGUGUGAUGAUGUGAACUCAACGGUGGAUUCCUAUAUAUCAAGACUAAGGGAGCUGAAGGAAGCAGGAGCCGUAUUGCAAGGAAUCGGAUUGGAGGGGCAUUUCUUCACCAAGCCAAACCUGCCUCUGAUGAGAGCUGUGCUGGAUAAAUUGGCUACUUUAGACCUUCCCAUUUGGUUAACGGAGGUCGACAUAAACCACAUAUUUGAUCAUCAAACACAGGCUAUAUAUCUUGAGGAGGUGCUGAGAGAAGGAUUCUCCUAUCCAUUUGUGAAUGGAAUAAUGUUAUGGACAGCACUGCAUCCAUAUGGGUGCUACGAAAUGUGCCUCACAGACGAGGACUUUCACAACCUCCCUUCUGGAGACGUUGUGGACAGGCUCUUACAGGAAUGGGAAACAAAAGAAACAGCGGGGGUGACGGAUGACCAUGGUUUGUAUACCUUCAGUGGAUUUCUGGGAGAGUACAAGGUCUCUGUGAGUUACGCUAACAAAUCGACAGAGACGACAUUUUCCUUGGGUCGAGGAGACGAGACAAAGCAUUUGAACGUUCAGCUCUGAGAAUUCUUUCCUCCUAGCAACUAAUGAUCCAAAUGGCGUAUGGGAAGCCAAUGUUUCCGAUGCAUCAGUGUCCUCGUGCUCGCAUUGUCAAGUGGCAGUAGGAUAAUGACAAGCCCGCCGUAG